AUGCUACGUGCCUCCACUUCAGCGUUGGCCCAGGCGGUGGGCAGCGCGCUCUGCGCGGCGAGCAGCAGCAGCAGCAGCACCGCCGCUGCGGGCGCGCUUGCGCUGCUCCCCGCCGUGCGUGCCGCGGCGCGCGGCUAUCACAAGAACGUGGUGGACCACUAUGAAAAGCCGCGCAACGUUGGCAGCUUCGAUAAGAACGACCCCAACGUGGGCACCGGCCUGGUUGGCGCGCCCGCGUGCGGCGACGUGAUGAAGCUGCAGAUCAAGGUGGACGAAGACGGCAACAUCGUGGACAGCUGCUUCAAGACCUUUGGCUGCGGCAGCGCCAUCGCCAGCAGCAGCGUCGCGACUGAGUGGGUCAAGGGCAAGUCGCUGGACGAGGUCACGACGAUCAAGAACUCGGACAUCGCGAAGCACCUGUCGCUGCCGCCCGUCAAGCUGCACUGCUCGAUGCUCGCGGAGGAUGCGAUCAAGGCGGCCGUCAAGGACAUCAAGGCCAAGCGCUCGAAGCAGGCCACUGCCUGA